UAAAUAUAGGGGUGGGCAAGAGAAAAGCAAUGAAAUGUUAAGAAGACUAACUAAACCAAAUACUUCAAGUAGCUUAUAGGUACCAUAUUUAACUUAAAGAUGAAAAGAGAUGAAUCAUCAGGAGGUGAGCCAUCUUUCAUAGAGCCUACUAGCGGUAUGGAUGACCCAACUUUGAUGGGGUCGCUUGGUGGUAUCGACGGUCCAUCUUUGAUGGAGCCUUUUGGUCGUGUUGGUGGUGGGACUUCAUCACAAACGAGUGACAUACCUGAAAAUGGGUCAAGCAACCAGUCUGUGGAAGCACAUGCAAACAAUGGUAAACGAGAAAGCCCCGGUGAUGGUGCCGCUAGAAUCAAUGAGGUAAAUUCGAGCACCGCUGUCAAAAAGAAGAAGAAACGCAGUGACCGCCAGCAGCAGGAUGGCCCACAGCCAAAGAAGUUGCUACACAGGGUCACCAGCCAGCAGUUAGAAAUACUCGAAGGUUUCUUCAGCAUAUGCGCACACCCUGACGACAGCCAAAGGAAGCAGCUGAGUGAGUCGACGGGUCUUUCGGUACAUCAAGUGAAGUUUUGGUUCCAGAAUAAAAGGACCCAUGUAAAGCAUCUGAGUGGAAGAGAAGAGAACUACAGGUUGAAAGUGGAGAAUGAAAUGCUGAAGGAGGAAAACAAUAGGCUUAUUAGGCAGGCACAGAGCAAUGCUCCUGCUCCUGCCCCUGCUCCCUGUCCCAGAUGCAUUAAUGACGCGGGGCACCUCCUGCUCGAGAAAGAAGUUGAACGGCUCAAGGCGCUUAACCAGAUGCUGCAGCAAGAGUUGCAGCUACAAGGCACGGAAGGUGAAACACCUGUGGCUGUGGACCCAGCUUCCGGCGCUUUCCAUCCUGAUCCUGAGCCCUCGUUGGAGAACGUCUUCGCGGCGCAACACGACGGGCAAAUGCUCGCCAAGCUAGCCGAGAACGCGGCACAGGAGCUUCUCGUCCUGGCCGACCCCGAAAGCCCUCUCUGGCUGCCUGUCCCAGGCGGCUCGUUCGAAACGCUGAACAUGAUCGCCUACGCCCAGACAUUUCCCGGGCAGAUGAGCGUAGAUGCCAUCGCGUUGAAGACGGAGGCUACCCGCGCCAGCGGUGUGGUCAUGCUGGACCCGAAGAGCCUUGUGGAGUUCCUCAUGGAUGCUGAGAGCUAUGGCACGAUGUUCCCUGGACUCGUGUCCGGUGCAGCCACCGACAAGGUGUACAACUGGCCUACCAGUCGCGAGGAGAGCUAUGAUGGGGCUGUGCAGAUGAUGACUGUUGAGCUGGCGUUCCCCUCGCCCCUGGUGGCGGCUCGGAAGUGCACGUUCGUGCGCUGCUGCAAGAAGCUGGAACAGGGAGCCUUUGCUGUCGUCGACGUGUCUUUGGACGACGGCGCCAGGUGCCGCAAGAUGCCAUCGGGGAUGCUGAUACAGCCCAUAAGGUACAACAGCUGCAAGGUCAGCGCCAUCGAUCACGUUCGAGUAGAUGACACUAGCAUUCAUGACAUCUUCCAUCCAUGCCUGAGCGGUGUCCUCUUCGGGGCCAGGCGCUGGGUGACGAGCAUGGCGCGACAGUGCGCGCGGAUCAGAGAUGUGUUCCAUGUCACCAACUGUACCCUCAACGUCACUUCAAGGGGGAGGAAGACUAUCAUGAAGCUGGCAGACAAUCUGCUGGCCGACUACACCAGCAGCGUCGCCGCCUUCCCUGACGACGCCUGGACCGUCCAGUGCGGUGUGGGCACGGAACAGGACAUCAAGAUCAUGUACAAGAGGCAAAGCGAAGGCAGCAGCAGCAGCAGCAACACCGCGGUCGUGUGCGCGUGCGCGUCGUUCCUGCUGCCGCUGCGCAUGAGGAAAGCGUUCGACCUGCUCAAGAACAAUCUGCUGCGUGCCAAGUGGGACGUACUGGUGAACGGAGGCUCCGUGAAGGAGGAGGUUCGUGUCGCCAAUGGUGUCGGAAGCGACGACGCUGUCUCCAUCCUGCAUGUCAAGCAUGGCCACGGGGCAAACAGGGACACCAUGAUGAUCCUGCAGAACAGCAGCUACGACGCGUCCGGGUCGUUCAUGGUCUACUCCUCUCUCGACAAGCAGCUGGUGGAGACAAUUACGAACCCGGGUGACAGCCAGGCGAUGAGCAGCAUCAACCUCUUCCCCGCCGGCUUCUCCCUCGUCCCCCUCACCAACCCGGACCCGGCGCCGCAAGAGGGCUCCGGCAGCAUCGCACAGCCUGGGGCGACCGUGAUGACUGCCGGGUUCCAGAUUCUGAUGAAGAUGGCCCGUGGGACCGGCCUUUGCCCUCGCUCGGUGUCGUCCGCGGUCAAGAUCAUGUCAGACAACAUCACCAACAUCAAAGACGCUCUGUUGAAAAGCCACCCUGUUUUCUACAAGAGCAUUCAGUCUGUCGACUGAAUAGCGGCAAGGGAGAAAGGGAGGUCGUCCAAUGCUUGUGGAGGCUGCUGUUUAAAUCAAGGAUACUGAAACGGAACCCCAUCAGCUUUGGUCGCCGCCUGCGUUUCUCCCGGCAAUAUAUACCCGUUCCGUCUACUGUGUGGAACUGCUCUUGGCUGCCAAGAGCCUGUAAUGAUGUUAGUGGAACCGAAGUUGUGCUAUGUGGACCCGUCACCUGAUAAUGUAUGCCAUGUUAAAUCCUUAA